AUGGACGCGCCGAAAUCUAGUCAGCCACUGACGGCACAAGUCAAGCUCAACGUCACCUCAGAUGGUCUUCCGCCUAGCCACCAUGUGCUCGCGCCUACACCGGGCACCACCCUCUCGUCCUACAUCCCACACUGGAAUCCUCAACCAGCCACCUGGCGUGAGGAGCAGAGACCGGACUCCACCCAGAGCACGCAAGCUCUCGACGAUGACUAUUCUUCCAACGCUGCCUGCUUGCCCAACUCGAUAGCCCUGGUAGAUUCUAGCAAGGUUGUACGCACUGGCUUCCGCAAUCCGUGGCCGAGCUGGCACAAACCCAGCGUGACCGAAGUGUGGCAAGGGCUGGAAUGGGGCGAGGAUCGUGAUCCAGCCAUAGAAUAUGCAAUGCAAGACGCAGACCUUGGCACGAGCGCCAACGCUGGAACAAACGGUGAUGCCAGCGUCUUGUCAGAUCCGUACACGGACAGUCGGCCAGGAACGCCAGACCUGGAAGAUGCCUCGCUGAGUCGAGAAGGUGCGCAUGCAGACCGAGGCACCACUCCCCAAAGCAUAUCAUCGGCCGCACCGUACACAAGGCAGCAGAAGAUCAAGAUGGCAUCCAAGCAGCUGCUGACCGUUGAAUCUCCAUCGUUCGACUUUGACUCGGAUGCAAAACUCAAGGCGACCUGGCUCGGUCACGCCGGUGUGCUCGUUCAGCUGCCGCCUCUUAGUUCGCAAGGCCAGCCUGUCCGCGUACUCUUCGAUCCGAUCUUCUCGCAGCGCUGCUCUCCUACCCAGGUGGCUGGCCCGAUCAGAUCGUAUGCUGCUCCAUGCGCUAUUUCGAGCCUGCCACCUGUCGAUCUUGUUGUCAUCUCACACAAUCAUUAUGACCACCUCGAUUACGAAACGAUCCGUCAGCUAUGGGCUGCCAACCAAGAUCGGAUUCGGUUCGUCGUACCUCUGGGAAACAAAGAGUGGUUCAUCGGUGCCAAUGCCAGCAGCAGCGAGGCAGACUUGGAGCGCACAGCUACAUCUUCGACUUCUUGGUCUUGGACAUCGGCGGGUUCGGGCGUGAUGAACGCCACGACCACUUCGAAUCUAGCCAUCCCGCCAGAGAGGGUGACCGAGCUGGAUUGGUGGGACGAGGUGCUGUUGAGACAGCGCGGUGACGAGGAUAGGGUGCUGCGAGUGGUUUGCACGCCAGCGCAGCACGGUUCGGGUCGAUAUGGUGUGGAUACCAACUGCGCGUUGUGGUCGUCGUGGUUCCUGGAGCAUCCGGGGAGGUCGGACGCUGGAGCACCGACAAAGAUCUACUUCGGUGGUGAUACGGGGUGUCAGUUUCACGGACCGUCGUUCCCACCUGCGCCGCCACAGUCUUGCGAGCCAGAUGUGGCGACCGACACCACGCACACAGGCGAGGUUAGCUCGAUCAGCGACGAUGCCACGCUGCCAGGCUCGGCAUGCAGGCCAACACGCACUCGGACGUACCAGGGCGGUAUGCGUCUGCAAGUCAACGACGAACGAAAUGAACCAAAUGCUUACCCCGGCUGUCCGGCGUUCGAAGAAAUCGUCGCACGGCUCGGCAGACCGGACUUUGUGAUGCUCCCGAUCUCGGUAGGCGCGACCAUCUCGUUCGUGCGCUCGUACAUGCGGCUUCCAGACUCGAUCUCGCCGAUCCCGCGCAUCUCGUGCGGCUUGACUGCAGCCAAUCACAUGCCUCCCUGGGACGCCGUCAGUGUAUUCGAUAAAAUGUCAGACGCUUCGCAAAACCCCGUGGCGCUGGCGAUUCACUGGGGCACAUUCAUCUGCGGUCCGGACGAAGUGCUCAAGACGCUCGGCCAGCUCAAGUGGGCCUGCCAUCAGCACGCAAUUCACUUUGCCAGAUCCCAGCACACGAUCCCCCGCACACCCCACUCACUCAACCAGCCGUCCAAGUCGUUCGUCGCUCUCAACCACGGUGCUAGCAUCUCGCUCUAG